CACCUUAUAAAAGGAGAGAGAGAGCAGAGAAAGGGAGCUCUCCCCAAGCUGGACACGUGUGUGUGUGUGUGGGGGGGCGAGCAAAUGGUGCUGAAACCCGGGAUGGAGUACAGAAGAGAGCAGCCUCAUGGAGUCCUCCCCCUUCAAGGACCUGGUCCAUGCCCUCGCCACGGCCCAACAGAGCCAGCACCAGGCGCUGGUCGCCCUCCGGAAGGAGCAGAAACAAUGGUUCGAAGCCCUGGUGCUGGUGCAGCAGGAAGAUCGCCAGGCGUUCCGGCACCUGCUCGCGUCGGCGGGGUCCACUGCAGCGGACCCUCCCCACCUCACCCUAAUGAAGAUGGGUCCGCAGGACGACCCUGAAGCCUUCCUCACUCUUUUUGAGCAGGCACCAGAUGCGUGGGGUUGGCCGGUGGAACUGCGCGCCUCCUCCCCCUGCUAACAGGCGAGGCGCAGCUGGCCGCACUACAGCUCCCUGCCGACAGCCGGUUGGUCUACACCGACCUCCGCAGGGCUGUCCUCCAAUGUGUGGGACGCACCCCGGAGCAGCAACUGCAGCGCUUUCGCGCGCUGCGCCUGGGGGAGGUUGGCUGGCCGUUCGCGUUUGGCCAACAAUUCCGGGACACCUGCCAGCGGUGGCUGAGGGCCGACAACCACGACACCGAGGGAAUCAUCGACCUGGUGGUGCUGGAACAAUUCAUCGCCCGACUUCCGGAAGGAACAGCGGAGUGGGUCCAGUGCCAUCGCCCGGUGUCACUGGAUCAGGCCAUCAUGCUGGUGGAGGACCAUAUGGUGGCUGUUCCGAUGGCAGGACAGCAUGUAUCCUCUUCUCCUCUCUUUUUUUCUCUCUCUCUCUCUCUCUCUCUCUCUCUCUCUCUCCCCUUCUGUUCCUCAUCCUCGCCCCAUUCCCCCACCACGGAGGCGGGGGCCGGCUCCACCCCAGCCGGCCCGCCACAUCCGCGGUGCCAUACUGUUUCCUACUUCCUUGUCUGUGUCUUUUCCCCCCUCAGGUGAGUGAGCUCCGAAACACCAGUGCAGAGGGAGAGCCUGGGCCGGUAUGCUGGCGCUGCAGGGAGCCGGGACACCUCCAGCAUAAGUGCUCAGCGAUGGAGGUGGGCGCGGUGGUCCGGAUCCCUGACGCUCCAGGGACCGUCCUCGAUCAGGCCAGAGCGUAUCGCAUACCGGUAUACAGGAGCAUGCAGUGUGAAGAAUACAUCGAUGCCGAAAGAGAGACGCAUGUGAAUUGGAUGAGGUAUGUGAAUUGUGCCCGUAAUGAAGAAGAACAGAAUCUUGUGGCAUUUGAGUAUCAAGGGGGAAUUCUGUAUCGUUGCUGUCGAUCCAUUAACCCAGGACAGGAGCUCUUGGUGUGGUAUGAAGAGGAGUACACCAAAGAACUCAGUCCUGCACCAACAGGAACAACCAGACAGCAAGAAGUAAAGAACGCUCUGCUGCAAGUCUUUUCCUGCUCCACAUGCCCUCGUUCCGAUGCAUCUCAAAUUUACCUCGACAAACACAUCCAGAGAUGCCACUAUGAAGAGUAUGCGAGACUGCGAGAAUCAGGAGAGAUUAAAUAUGAGCUUCAGAUCCCCUCCAAAUGCUCCAGUCGUCAACCAACAUCAGCUGAUACUAUCCAUUCUGAUACUUCCCAUAAUGAUAUACAGAAGGAAAUUCACCACUGCUCAGAUUGUGGAAAGAGUUUUAGUCAUCAGAAUGCACUCAAGACACACCAGCCCAUUCACACAGGACAGAAGCCGUAUCACUGCUCACAGUGUGGGAAGUGUUUUACUCGUCAGAGUCAUCUCCAAACACACCAGCGCAUUCACACAGGAGAGAAGCCGUAUCACUGCUCACAGUGUGGAAAGUGUUUUACUCGUCAGAGUCAUCUCCAACAACACCAGCGCAUUCAUACAGGAGAGAAGCCGUAUCACUGCUCACAGUGUGGGAAGUGUUUUACUCAUCAGAGUAAUCUCAGAAAACACCAGCGCAUUCACACAGGAGAGAAGCCGUAUCACUGCUCACAGUGUGGGAAGUGUUUUACUCAGCAGAGUGCUCUCCAAAUACACCAGCGCAUUCACACAGGAGAGAAGCCGUAUCACUGCUCACAGUGUGAAAAGAGUUUUACUCGUCAGAGUGCUUUCCAAACACACAAGCGCAUUCACACAGGAGAGAAGCCUUAUCACUGCUCACAGUGUGGGAAGAGUUUUACUCAUCAGAGUAAUCUCCAAAUACACCAGCGCAUUCACACAGGAGAGAAGCCGUAUCACUGCUCACAGUGUGGGAAGAGUUUUACUCGUCAGUGUGAUCUCCAAACACACCAGCGCAUUCACACAGGAGAGAAGCCGUAUCACUGCUCACAGUGUGGGAAGAGUUUUACUCAUCAGAGUAAUCUCAGAAAACACCAGCGCCUUCACACAGGAGAGAAGCCGUAUCACUGCUCACAGUGUGGGAAGAGUUUUACUCAUCAGAGUAAUCUCAGAAAACACCAGCGCAUUCACACAGGAGAAAAGCCGCAUCACUGCUCACAGUGUGGAAAGAGUUUUACUCAGCAGAGUGAUCUCCAAACACACCAGCGCAUUCACACAGGAGAGAAGCCGUAUCACUGCUCACAAUGUGGAAAGAGUUUUACUCAGCAGAGUGAUCUCCAAACACACCAGCGCAUUCACACAGGAGAGAAGCCGCAUCACUGCUCACAGUGUGGGAAGAGUUUUACUCGUCAGUGUGAUCUCCAAACACACCAGAGGAUUCACACAGGAGAGAAGCCAUAUCACUGCUCACAGUGUGGGAAGAGUUUUACUUAUCAGAGUAAUCUCCAAAUACACCAGUGCAUUCACACAGGAGAGAAGCCGUAUCACUGCUCACAGUGUGGGAAGAGUUUUACUCGUCAGAGUGCUCUCCAACAACACCAGCACAUUCACACAGGAGAGAAGCCGUAUCACUGCUCUCAAUGUGGAAAGAGUUUUACUUAUCAGAGUAAUCUCCAAGUACACCAGUGCAUUCACACAGGAGAGAAGCCGUAUCACUGCUCACAGUGUGGAAAGAGUUUUACUCGUCAGAGUACUUUCCAAACACACAAGCGCAUUCACACAGGAGAGAAGCCGUAUCACUGCUCAGAGUGUGGGAAGAGUUUUACUCAUCAGAGUAAUCUCAGAAAACACCAGCGCAUUCACACAGGAGAGAAGCCGUAUCACUGCUCACAGUGUGGGAAGUGUUUUACUCAUCAGAGUAAUCUCAGAAAACACCAGCGCAUUCACACAGGAGAGAAGCCGUAUCACUGCUUACAGUGUGGAAAGAGUUUUGCUCAUCAGAGUGCUCUCCAAACACACAAGCGCAUUCACACAGGAGAGAAGCCAUAUCACUGCUCACAGUGUGGGAAGAGUUUUACUCGUCAGAGUGCUCUCCAGAUACACCAGCGCAUUCACACAGGAGAGAAGCCAUAUCACUGCUCACUGUGUGGGAAGAGUUUUACUCGUCAGAGUGCUCUCCAGACACACAAGCGCAUUCACACAGGAGAGAAGCCAUAUCACUGCUCACUGUGUGGGAAGAGUUUUACUCAUCAGGGUGCUCUCCAACGACACCAGCGCAUUCACACAGGAGAGAAGUUGCAUCACUGAUCAUAGUGUGGAAAGAUGUUUACUUAUUUAGUUACAUUUAAGACCUACAAGUGCACUAACUCAGACAUUGCAUGAUUUAAAGUUGUCAAUUUAAAUAUGGUUAUUACAGUUUUGGCUGAAAAUGACCUGUACUUUGAACUUUAUUGUUCAUGUUACACUGGUCAACAAUUUUUCAGAAGUUGUCUGCUUCAGAGAUGAAAUUGGCUAUUCUGAAAUCUGGUGUGUUGAAUUAAAAGUGACAGUU